AUGAGUGUAAAAGUCAGCCACAAGAGUAAGCUAUCAGAUCUUUUACGGUAUAGAAUACGUGUUUUGACGAAUGAUGGAAUAGCCUUUGUUGGAGAACUCAUGGCUUUUGACGCUCAUAUGAACUUGGUAUUGGCCGAAUGUGUAGAGCAUAGAAUCCCGGCCACUCAAAUGUCUCAACUCAAGUCUAAAAAUAAGGACCUCAAUGCACAGCCGAAAAUCGAGACUCGUACUUUGGGGCUAGUGGUAUUGAGAGGUGAUCAAGUAUUGACCACGGUAGUUGAAAGUGGCCCUACAAUGUCCAAGAAAGAAAGAGCGUUGGUCCAGGAGAAGAAAAUCGCACAACUGAACAAACAGAAACGCAAGGGCAAAGGUAUCAUAAAACCAGUAUCGGGGAAUAACGGACCAGCAGGUGUGUCCAAACCGGGAGCGGGUUCAAAACCCGUAGUUGGGUUUCAGAAAGGCUCUCAGCCACAACCGAGACCUUUCCAACCCCCCCCUGGGUUCAAAAGACGAUAA